CUCUUAGUUCUGGAUUAUCAGAGAAGCACAUCUCAGCACAAAUCCUCAAUUCAAGCUAGGCCCAAAGCCUAAGAAUCCGCAGCCACUAAACGUGAGUUACUCAAGCUCAAACUACUAAAAAUAGUAGCACAGUAGCUAGCAAACAAAACUCAUUGAUCCCGUAGUCCCGGCAUACUGUGAGAAACCUGUACCAUGGUUCUCUCUCUCAAAAGACUGUUAUGUUCCAUGCCGUUGCAUAAAAUAUACAGUAAAGUUACUUCAAGUUUACUUCAUAAAAUCUUCUGUGGACAUUCCAUUAUUUCUCCCUGCAGUUUGUGGGACAGUUGGCGGUAGGACCAUUACAUUGAGGAAACCUCACCCUGGCGUCACGACAAUUAAGGGUUAACACCAAUAUACCCUACACUAUCACCAGCACCACCCCAUCACCACAACUCUUUUGGCAUCACGAACAGGAUACGGGUGUGUGCCUACAGCUAUUCAGCCACCAUUAUUGCAAAGGCCAUAGUCCUCCCCCUAUCAAGAAAUGUGCUAUAUGAACUGUCCGGAAUUGUAGCAUAAGCAAUUAAAAUUAAGCCCAGAAGUGCACGGGACUUUGCUGUCGAGAUUGUGCUUAACUGGGGCAAACGAAAAAGUAAGGUGGGAGGUGAAGAUUGUCUUUCUGUGGCCAUGUGUAUAAUUCGCAGCCAAGCCAUGCUGAGCUCUACACUGCAACAAGUACCUCAAAGAGUUAAAGAUUAACCAGAGAAGCGCGCAAAAAUGUCCCGCGCUGGUCUGUGACCCGCCCCUGUGCAUGGACACCAAGUACACGUUGCAAUGCCGAAGUAGAACUGUAAUCUUUUGCUUGUGUUUGCCUGGGGACAGGAAGUCAGAGCUGCACUGAUGACGUCCUUCCGCUGGCGGCCAUCCUGUGGGAGCCCCAUAUAAAAGAAGCCAAGCGGCCAUACCUCUACAGUCUGGAGAUGGCAGCGAGGAGUACAGACAAGGUGGAACCAGUGCUACACAUGAAGAGAGUCCUAAGAUGGCGCCGACUCAGAGAAAAGUUGCCGCAGCCGCAGCGCAACUUUUUCAGGAUCUUGCCAACCGCUUGCAGCAGUUGUCCCUUGGGGCCGAGGAGGCCUACAACCUACCACAGCUACCGGAGGACGACGAGUGGCCGGCUACCACCCGGGACAUCAGAGGCGACAUCACCGGUGACACUGUCCCCUCACCACCGGACAUGGUGGUCUUGGGCCGAGAUCCUGACGGAAGACUCGGAUGUGAGUACCCUGGCGGAAGCCAAUUGCUCUUCCCCAUCCAGCCCAGAGCCAGAGAUCCCCUUGUCCCAAGUCACCCUGCCGAGUGCACGCCCACGCUCAUCCCCUCUCCCGAAAUGGCUGUUCGGCGAUGAGCCUGAGCUAAUUCAGUACAUAUGGGACCAUGUUCUUCCCCAGCCAGGGAAGUCCCAUCCUCCGGUCCCCACAGCUCAGUUAGAAAGGGCCCGCAGGGAGGCUGAAAUUGACAGUAUAAUGGAGAAGCUGAAGGCUGAACACCGAGAGCGAUAUGAGCCGAAGCGCCUCUCAUAUGAAGAAAGGGUGAAGCAGCAGAGUGAUACAAAAAAAUUGGAGGCUCUGUAUAUAAGAAUGUUGGACUACAUACGAGAGGGUGAAGCACCCAUUGAGCGCCAACGUGUGACCGUGGUGAAAUUUGAUAAAGCCAGAGGUUUUGGUACCCUCCUAGAUUGCAGACAUGGGGGAACCAUCCUGGUGAACAGAAGGGCCAUUCAACGGGACUAUUUGCCCAAAAGUUAUCACUCCCUGGAGUGGGGAGAGAACGUUGAUUACACCCCUGUCCAAAGUCUGCGGGGUGAAUGGGUUGCAGCAGUCACGAGUCCCAAGAAUCCUACUCAACUUCCUUUUACUUAUUUCCUCUCGGAUGACUGGGAGGCAGACCCACAUGGUAUCCGGCCGAUGAGGCUGCCCAACACAGCCGAUGAAGAGGAAGGAUUCAGAGCACCUGUUAUGCAUCCUAAGUAUCUGCCAAAGUCUUAUUCUUCUGCAGCAGCUCCAGCAGAGGAUGUGCCCAGGCCUACUCCACCUGAGGAGGUGUGGCCUAAACAGUGGGCACCAACCACAGAUGUGCCUAGGCCUACUCCAUGCCCAGAGGUUUGGCCUGACCAACAGGCACCGACGGAAGUGCCGCAUCCUACUCCACUUAAGGAGGUGAGGCCGGAUCAACCGGCACCAACAGUGUUCCUAGUGACCUCAGCAGCGGCCAUUAACUUUGUGGUGAGCGUUAACCCCUCUGUUUCACAGUCAAGGCUCACUAAUGUUUCAUGGGACACUGCAAUUCAUCCCAUGAGGGAGUCCUCACCUCACGCUCCUCGCUAUAUGUCCCAAAGCAAGAAGCAGUCAGACCGACUGUUCUGUUCCUGAUAUCACCUGUACAAGAAGCAAAGUGCCUGGCAGGACUAUGCCAUGAAAGUUUCUGGUUUAGCAACGUAACCACUUAAGCUUUUGCCCGGCCCCUGGCCGAGAGACUCCUUGUCCGAGGAGAUCUGUGUAAGUGUGUGCCCGGCCUUGGUACAGCCGUGUUAUAUUAUGGACUCAUAACACAGGUGGACUGCUGAUCCUUGUGUGUCUUUUUACUGUAAAUAUCCACAUAGUAAUAUAUUUUGUGUGCAAAAGUGUACACCUUGCUAUCAGGUAAACAUUACCUGGAAUAUCUUUACAUUGUGCUGCUAUUAUGUAACCUUAGUGUGCUAAUAAAUAAA